ACCAGUGAUUGCGGACAUAGUACAGGGAUGACCAGAGACUGCGGACAGUACAGGGAUGACCAGAGACUGCGGACACAGUACAGGGAUGACCAGAGACUGCGGACACAGUACAGGGAUGACCAGAGACUGCAGACACAGUACAGGGAUGACCAGAGACUGCCAGAGACUGCAGACACAGUACAGGGAUGACCAGAGACUGCGGACACAGUACAGGGAUGACCAGAGACUGCGGACACAGUACAGGGAUGACCAGAGACUGCGGACACAGUACAGGAGAUGACCAGAGACUGCGGACACAGUACAGGGGAUGACCAGAGACUGCAGACAUAGUACAGGGAUGACCAGAGACUGCGGACAGUACAGGGAUGACCAGAGACUGCGGACAGUACAGGGAUGACCAGAGACUGCGGACAGUACAGGGAUGACCAGAGACUGCGGACGCGGUCAGCCCAGGAGAUUCCAGUAGACUGUGGACGCUCGGUACGGACAGACCAGAG